UUCACUGCUGUCAGAAACUUGUCAAAAUCUUAACGUUCUUCGAAAUUCAACGUACGUUUCUUAUCGAAAUUUUCUGUUCAAGUUAUACCAUUUAAAAAUCGUUUGUAUAUUGAAUUCAUUCGUAUAUUUUCUGUGUAAAAAUGUCCCAACCCGCUGCAGCAUAUUGUCCCAAAUUGCCAUGGAUGGUGGAUUUCUACACAUCUGCAGAUGGUAAAAUUCACAAUCAGCAACUGAAGGCAGCUUUUGCCAGAACCUACAUAGACCACUUGUGCCAUCUCAGCCCUGAGUCUGUAGCAGCAAAACAUAGAACAACACAAAUGGUUUUCACUAUACCAGAAAAUAUAACAGUGUCGGCUAUUGAUGAACUACUCAUUGCUGGCAUGAGUAUGGCAAGAAUACCUAUGACGAUUUCCAAAGAUAAAUGUAUGGAAACGAUCAAUAGGCUCAGGCAUACUUGUGAUCGAUUCAGUAAGAAGUUAGGACGUCUCUAUCCUCUUGCUAUAGCUCUGGAAUUCAGAGGUACAGAAAUACGAACUGGCAAUUUACAAAAUGCUAAUAAAAAACCAAUUCGCUUGGAGAAGGGCCGUGAGACAAAGAUAACAACAGACCCAUCCUUCGAGAAUCUUGUAACACCAGAACUCAUUUACGUUGAUUACCAGAAAAUAAGCAAACUUGUUCAGCCAGGAGAUAAACUCCUUCUGGAUAAUGGAAAAGUCACUUUGUCAGCUCUGGAAGUCGCAGAAGAAAUGAUAAAAUGUAUAGUUGAUAAAACUGGUGAUCUGAACAGUAACGUCGCGGUCACUCUGGUGAAUGCUCCUGUUGAAGUUGAAGAAAUUGGUGAUGAAUACAUGAAAAAUAUUGAGUUCGCUUUGGAGAUGCAAGCAGACGCUGUAAUCAUGACAACAAUAGUGGACGAGAGAAACAUCAGGCUGCUCCAAGAAAAGCUACAAGAUGAGGAACGAAAAAUGCUGGUGAUUGCAAAGAUAGGAAACAGCCAAGCCUUAGAAAAUUUCGACGAUAUCGUGAAAACAGCUGAUGGUAUAUUCGUAGGAUCAACUGAACUCAUCGGGGAACUUCCUAGAGAAAAAAUAUUUCUAGUUCAGAAGUCUUUGAUAGCCAGAUGUAACAAGGUAGGGAAGCCUGUUAUGUGCAGCCUAGAGGUGGCAGAAUAUGGUGCCCUUUCCGAAGCAGAAAUAACUAAGAUCGUGAGUUUCAUAGACGACGGUGUUGACUGUUUCGUUUUAACACAGUGCGAUAUAGAUAACAACCUUUACUAUGAAACUAUAAGGCAGAUUAAUAUGAUUUGUAGAGAAGGAGAAUCUGCAGCGCAUCAAAGGAGGAUCUUCAGUGAACUGACUGACUGUUUUGUAUGGUCUGCAGAGCCAAUAUACUCCCUUGCCAUCUCAGUUGUCGAGUCUUCUUUCAAAUGCAACGCAGCAGCUAUAGUGAUCGUAACCAGAACAGGGAGAUGUGCUAAGAUCUUGUCACGAUUCAGGCCAAGAUGUCCGAUCAUAGCUGUGAUUAAGCUGGAGCAGAACGCCAAACAGCUGCAAAUUUACAGGGGGAUCACUCCGAUUAUAUUCAUUUCGAAAUACGGUUCCGAUUGGAAUGCAGAAGUUGAAGCUAGGGUCCAGUUGGGAAUAACUUUCGGCAAACUCAGCGGAUUCAUAAGGAUGGGGGAUAUAGUAAUUGUCGUAUGUGGGUCUAAGAGAAGUUCCGGUUUCACUAAUACCAUGAAGAUUGUUUUUGCCUCGGAAUUCGAUGCUGUGAAGGCUAGCGAGGAUGGAGAUCAUUGAACUUUAAUUUUAGGAUUUAAAAAAAUCAUUUUUCGUUGAAUGCUUUGUGUGACUGUCUGUGUUUUCGUUUUAUGAUAUAAAAAAAUCUGAAAUCUG